CAGUUUUCUGUUUGUUACCUGGGAAAAUUUUACUGGCUCAGCCUUCAGAUCUCAGUUGCGUUCUAGCUAGGGUUCUGACUUCGUGUCCUUCUUGUAUUUUGAUUGUUAUUUUUGAAAGGUGGGUCUUUUCUAGAUUCCUCAACGUAUGGCUACACACAAAAAGCUAUUCUGAUUCCUUGCAAAUGCUUCCUGAUAUAACACUGAUAUUUCCAUUUUGAUACCUCCACCUCUCUGGGUUCUUCCCCUCUUGCUCUGCUUUUCUACAAUAUGAAAAUUUGAGGAAAUUGUUGUGAAGAUUGUUGAAUUUUGAAUCUGUUCGAAUUCGUAUUUGAUGUAAUGAAGUGGGAAAUGGAAAUUCUAUCGCCAUCAUCCUAUGUUUCCAGAGCGAAUUGGAUUAUAGAAGAGAGCAAGAGCGCCAAAUGGACGCCGGUGGAGAACAAGAUGUUCGAGAAUGCUUUGGCGGUUUAUGACACGGAGACUCCCGAUCGAUGGCAGAAAGUGGCGGCAAUGAUCCCGGGGAAGACGGUCGCAGAUGUGUUCAAGCAGUACCAGGCUUUGGAAGCGGAUAUUAGUAGCAUAGAAGCCGGGUUGGUCCCUAUUCCGGGAUACAGCACUUCUCCGUUCACGUUGGACUGGGUGAACAGCCAUGGUUAUGAUGGGUUUAAACAGUCCUACGUCCUCACCGGAAAGAGACCUUCAUCGGGUAAGCCCCCAGAACAGGAAAGGAAGAAAGGGGUACCAUGGACAGAGGACGAACAUAAGUUGUUUCUUAUGGGUCUUAAGAAGUAUGGUAAGGGGGAUUGGAGAAAUAUUUCUCGGAAUUUUGUGGUGACCAGAACACCGACUCAGGUGGCUAGUCACGCUCAGAAGUACUUCAUUCGGCAGCUCUCCGGAGGGAAGGACAAGAGAAGAGCUAGCAUUCACGACAUAACUACUGUCAAUUUCAACGACACAAGAACUCCUUCUCAGGAUACCAAGAGACCCUCUUCUUCACCGGAGCUUCCUCAACCCGCAACACAUUUCCAGUGGAAUCAGCCUGGGAAUGGAGGAACAAUGGCUUUUGACUCGGCACAAGGAAAUAUGUUAACCUCCUCUCCAUAUGGGAUUCAUUCCUAUGGACUAAAAUUGCAGAGGCAGAGUAUGAACAGAGGUGCUGCUCAUGAAUCAUACUAUGGACCUCAAAAUCUGGUUUUUUCAAACAUAACAGGUGCAGCAGAAUCAUCAUGUAUGAAAUUAUCAUAAUCUUCCAUUUUCAAUGGCCUGAUAUUGCACGAAUUCACUUUUCUUCAGAUCAGUCCUUUACUAAUAUAGCCCUGUUCUGCUUUUUGAUCGCCUAUGUGAAUAUGUUAUCAGGAAAUUUAGUCCAUAUUAGAUUGAAUCAAUUUGGGGGAAUAGGAUUGUGUUUUGGUUGGAAUUUCAAACCCUGGAAGUGGAAAGUGAAACUCACAGGGUAGAUUCCCAAUUCCCAAUUCCCCAUUUCCAAACAGGGAUUUUUCUUGUAUUUUAGAUUCUGCAUUUCAUCCACUUGCUCUGCUUUAUGUUUAGAGGUUGUCUAGAAACUUGUAUGUGCAUGAGAUCGAAAGGGUUCCUCUAAGAUAAGAUUGGAAUGCCGUAAAAGCUAGCAAUUCUAAGAUCACGCUAGAGAAUGUAAUGAAGCAGCGACCUAAAUCAGAUUUAGGAAAUCUUAAAGGACUGUUUUUAAGAAGGAAGAUUCUGCAUGUCGACUCAAAGAAGGCUCAUUAACUCUAUGAGCAGAUAAUGUAGUAUUGAUAUUCAUCAAUGGAAGAUGUUUGAUUUCAUCUUGGAGCACUUUUCUUCCCCUUACAAGUUUUCCAGCCUAGCCUCUGCACUUCAUUUGUUGAAUUGAAGGCAAACAAAUCUGUUCAAUUUGCUGAGUCAUGGAGCACUGAGUUUUGGAUUUCACAUAGCAUCAGAUUGCUUGCUUCACUGGUUAAACCCAUUUAAACUAUAUACUAUAAAACCACAUGUUUUUU